AUGUACGCCGCUGGCAAGCGAGAGACUCGUCCCCCCGACCGUUUGAUCGAUAGUCUGUUCCCGCAAGAUCAAAUCAAGAUGCUGCCAACUACGAACAUCACGACGCCAACCCCACCAUCAACUACGUCGAUUUUGAGCACCACCACCACUCCUACUAUGUCUGAAGUGACUUCUGGCUCUCAGGCAAAGUCCGUAUCUGCGCAAUCGAAAACAGACCCGAGUGUCCAAUCGUUACUUCAGCAAAUGAUGGCUAAAAUGAAUACUAAUCAUACCCGAACGGAGGCACAGUUUGAAACCCUACAUCGGAAGACGGAAGAGGGAAUCAAUCAAUGUAUUCAGCGAUACCAACUAACGGAUACUCGUUUGGCCAAAUUAGAGGAUGAGAGUGUUGUUAUAAAAAAUCGGGCAAUCCAGCACACCACCGACCAACAGGCUACCGAGGGCCGACUCACGACAUUAGAAUGUGAAAUUGUUCAAAUGAGGAAAGAAGUAACUCGAUUGUCAGAUCAAUACCGAGCAUCGACGAACCCGGACAUGUCUCAAAUUCUGAAGCCCACAAUUUUGUCAUCUACUGCCAUCCCUAUCAAUUCGUCUGAUAUGAAUAACGUGUCUUCGAUACCCUCUGCUAUUCCUACGACCACCCUCUUGAAUACCUUUGAUUCACAAAGAUCAUCUUUUUUGGGAUCUCAAGAGCGGUUUCAGGACGCUGUAUCUGAAUUUUCCGGGCAGAUCAAAGUAAUACAUCCACAGAAAUUUAUUGGUCAGGUUGAUGCCUACUUCGACAGCGUAUUUGUGUCACCGGCCCAACAACUUAUCUCUGUACAUCGUCGUUUAGUGGGAGACGCACAAAUUUGGUAUGAGUCAGUAAUCCCAUCACCCCAAUCAUAUGUUGAGUUUCGCCGAUUAUUCCUUCAGCAUUUUUGGUCUUCGGCGACUCAACGCAAAGCCCGAAAUGAGGUGUUUCGACCGUACCAAUACACUAAACCCGAUGGUCUAGCGACGCACGCCAUGAAAUGGAUUGCUGGAGCCAAAUAUCUCAAUCCACCAAUCGAGCAACCUGAUCUUGUGUCCACCAUUAUUCAGCACUAUCCCACACCGCUUGGAAUGGCCAUUCGAGGUCGAGGACCCCGUGAUACCAACGAACUGCUAUCAGUUUUGAUGGAGUUUGAAGAGUCUGCAUCAUUUUGUGAUCGACGUCGUGAAGACAACCAAUUUCGACCACCUCUCCAACCUCAAAACAAUGGCAAUCAGCAACCACGCUAUAAUGCUCCUCGUCGUGACAAUUAUCGUUUCCAACCACGAAUGCAGGCACCGGAGAACACCGGGCCCCGCCCCGUAGCACAAGUGGAUCUGUCGGGAAACGCCGAAGAGACUCGUACGUAAGUAUGCCGCGUCACGAAGUCUCGCAUAUCCAUGAACAUACACCGUCCACCCAAAUUGUCACAGAUGGAGUCUCGUCAAAAUAUAAACGUCCUGAGUUGUCAAUUUCUAUUUAUAACAAACCAUUCAACGCCCUACUUGAUUCAGGUGCUUCUAUCUCAGCCAUCUCUGAAGAGAUCUUUGCAUCUAUUAAACGAAGCAUUCCGGAAGGACAGCAAUUAUCAAUUUUACCCGUCACGGGCGUGACCAUA